UGUGUGUUUCCCACUCGAUUGGCAGAAUAUCUGCGGCCAGGUUCAAGAAUAAUCGAGUGAGUGUGUAAGAAGUCGAAAGUUUGUUACUAAAAAAUGGAAUUGUUGGGGUUUCAAGUCUCCACUUUUCCCGUCCUGUUGACGCUUUUUCUGGCCGGCCUGACGUAUUUUAUAUGGAGUCGGAAGAGGAUUCUGAACCAAUGGAGUGGAAUGGGAAUACCAGGACCAAAGCCUGACUUCUGGAUGGGAAAUGCUAAGCAGCUUACCUACGGACGUGUGGACACGCUCGGAGUGUUGACAGAGUGGCGACAGCAAUACGGUCGGGUGGUCGGUUAUUAUAUUGGUCUCCGUCCUCAAAUGCAAAUCACAGAUGCCGACAUUGUGAAAGAAAUAUUUCUGAAGCAGUUUUCAAACUUUGUCAACCGUCCGGACGCUCAGGGUGAAACUGAACACAACCUAGCUCGACUUCGCGAUAACGAAUGGAAGGAAAAUCGACGCGUUCUAAAUCCAUCCUUCACCACGAAAAAGCUCAAAUCCCUCGCGGUUAUGAUGAACAAGGUGGAGGACGUGUUGAUGGAAAUUCUGGAUGAGAAGUGCAGUAAAAACGAAGCCCUGCCAGCUUACAAAACAGCUCAAGGCCUUACUUUCCAGAUAAUCACGAAGACGGCCUUCGCGAUGGAUGUAGACUGCCAGCGGAAUGAAAAUGAUCCACUCUACCAAAACAUAAAAGCUUGGCUAAAUUACCCGUUCUCGCCACUAAUAUUUUUGAUACUGAUGUUCCCUGGGUUGAAGCACCUCUUCCGCUUUCUCCUCCGAUUCGAAUCCAGGAACAAGCUUUUUAAGGAUAUGCACCGGCACAUUAAGGGAAUAAUCAAUUUCCGCCGAGCUAACCCUGAGGCCAUGAAGGGAGAGGCAGACUUGAUCGGGCUGAUGAUUGAAGCCUCAGCUGGAAAGCAUGCCAUUGAUCAAACAAAGGAGUUGACGACCAACAUUUUAAAAGAUGACGAUGACCAGACUGACAAUAUAAUAAAGACCAACGUCAAAACGGAGGAAGUAUCAAAAGUGGCUAAGCCAGGAAAAUAUUUGCUGUCCGAUGAGGAAAUUAUGGACAAUUGCAUCCUGUUUUUAAUGGCAGGAUUCGACAGCACUUCGAACACCAUUGCAUUUGCUUUUCACUUGCUGGCAAGAGAGCCAGAAAUUCAAGAGCGUGCUUACAAUGAAAUAGUCUCAGAAAUUGGAGAUUUGCAAGUCAUCACUGCAGAAGACUGCAAAAAAUUGCCCUAUGUGGAACAAAUCAUUUAUGAAACGUUGAGGAUGUACCCUCCUGUGCCAAUAUUCCUGCAUCGGGAGUGCAAGGAGACUGUGACGAUUAAGGGUAUUACCAUUCCAGCCGGCACGGUAGUUGAGACCCCUCCUUGGAUUCUUCACAGGGAUCCCGAAUACUGGCCUGAACCCGACAAAUUUGACCCGGACAGAUUUGCUCCGGAAAAUCAAACUGAAACCCAAAAAUUUGCAUUUGCUCCGUGGGGUUUGGGUCCAAGAAUGUGCAUAGGCGCAAGAUUUGCUCUUAUCGAGGCCACAACUGCGCUUGCCAAAAUUAUUCGAGAAUACAAAAUAAUUCCUUCAGAUAAAUAUAAGGCGGAUAUGAAGGUGCAAGUAAAGUACAUUUUGCUCAAUCCUGCUGAAGAAAUCUAUGUGACAUUGGUCCGGCGAUGAGUUUUAGGGGAUUAUUUAGUGUUAUUUAAAUACAACACAUAAUGUCAUCAUGUACACUGUAGAAAUGUAAUUAAACCUAUUUUGACAGCA